AUGGCUGCUAGCCAGUCCACCCAUUAUGCCACCACUGACCUGAAUGGAGAGGCUCGUUAUAUCCUAUGUGUACGGUAUCUGAUCUACACUCUGGACCAGUAUGUAGAGAGUGAUUAUACGGUAGUGUACUUCCACCAUGGUCUCCGCAGCAGCAACAAGCCCUCGCUACAAUGGCUACGAAACGCAUACAAAGAAUUUGACAGGAAGUACAAGAAGAACCUGAAAGCCCUCUAUGUUGUCCAUCCUACUAACUUUAUCAGAAUCCUCUGGAAUAUAUUCCAACCACUCAUCAGUCACAAGUUUGGUAAGAAGCUGACCUAUGUGAACUACCUGGCUGAGCUCAGAGAUCACCUGAGCUGGGAUCAGCUCAUCAUCCCACCUGAUGUCCUCAGGCAUGACGAGAGGCUGCAGGCGGCCCAGAAGGGAGGUCUGCGCCCCUCAUCUAAGACUCCUCCCCCCAGACCUCCUCUGCCCACACAGCAGUUUGGAGUCAGCCUGCAAUAUAUUGGUGAGAAGAACCAGGGAGUGAUGAUCCCUCCUGUGAUGUCCCAGACUGUGUCUUAUCUCAAAGACAAAGGCCUCCAGACAGAAGGUAUCUUCAGGAGGUCCGCUCGUGUUCAGCUCAUCAAGGACGUCCAGAAGCUCUACAACCAGGGGAAGCCAGUGGUGUUCGAGCAGUAUGGAGACAUCCAUGUGCCUGCUGUCAUCCUGAAGACCUUCCUCAGAGAGCUACCUGAACCCCUGCUCACCUUCCCCCUCUACCGCCAGAUACAGGACAUAGUCCGAGUGGAGAGCAGUCUACGAGUGAGCACCUGUAAACACAUCCUAGAGAGUCUUCCAGAACACAACUACAUGGUGUUGAAGUACCUGCUCUGUUUCCUGAACAUGGUCUCUCAGCAGAGUAUCAUCAACAAGAUGUCUCCCUCCAACCUGGCUUGUGUGUUUGGUGUCAAUCUGUCCUGGCCUUCUCAGGGCUCUGUCUCUCUGACAUCUCUAACACCGCUCAACAUCUUCACUGAGAUCCUUAUAGAACAUUACCAUACAGUCUUCAGCUCCCGCUGCCCACAAGCAGAGGUACUGCCCUGAUACCAGCCCUGAUACCAGCCCUGAUACCAGCCCUGAUACCAGCCCUGAUACCAGCCCUGAUACCAGCCCUGAUACCAGCCCUGAUACCAGCCCUGAUACCUUCCCCGAUACCUGCCCCCGAUACCAGCCCCGAUACCAGCCCCGAUACCAGCCCCGAUACCAGCCCCGAUACCAG